AUGAAGUUAACUUGUACCAAUCGCUGGCAAGAAAAAUCGAAAAAAAAAAAACCAUUGGAAACAGAGACUUUGAUGGAUCAAAUGCCACCCCCACCUCAUGUCCUCAUCUUCCCGUUGCCGUUGCAGGGCCCGGUGAACUCCAUGUUUAAAGUCGCCGAGCUUCUCUGCCUCGCCGGCUUCCACAUCACGUUCCUCGUCACCGACUACAUCUACGAUCGCCUCCUCCGUCACACCAGUGUUCAAUCCCGCUUUGAACACUACCCUGGUUUCCGAUUCGAAACCAUCUCCGACGGCCUUUCCGAUGAUCAUACCCGUUCCGGUGUUCGAAUAAUGGAGAUGUUUGACUCUCUGAAGACCAUAACCAAGCCUCUGUUCAAAGAGAUGCUGACUUCCGGUCGCCUGAGUUCUGAAACUCGCCGGCCGUUGACGUGUAUCAUAGCAGAUGGGAUCAUGGGUUUUACUUGUGAUGUUGCCGAAGAGAUUGGAAUUCCUAUUAUAUAUGUCCGUACAAUUAGUCCUUGCUGCCUCUGGGUUUUCUUCUGCCUGCCUAAACUCAUUGAAGCUGAUGAACUUCCAUUUAAAGGGAAUGACUUGGACACACCAAUAAAAAGUGUACCAGGCAUGGAAGGUUUUCUCCGACGCCGUGAUCUUCCGAGCUUCUGCCGUUCCGGUGACCUGACUGAUCCAAAUAUACAACUCUACCUACCGGAGAGCCAAGAAAACCCAAGAGCCUAUGGACUCGUACUCAACACAUUUGAAGACCUAGAAGGACCCUUACUCUCACACAUACGUUCUCUCUGUCCAAAUCUCUACAUCAUCGGACCCCUCCAUACCCACCUGAAGACCAAACUCAGAUCAGCAACAACUUCAUACUCAACAUCUUCAAACAGUUUAUGGGAAGAAGAUCGGAGUUGCAUCACUUGGCUUGACUCAAAACCAUUGAAAUCAGUGAUCUAUGUAAGCUUUGGAAGCAUUGCGGUCAUGACUAAAGACCAACUCAUGGAGUUUUGGCACGGUUUGGUGAAUGGUGGGAAACCAUUCCUCUGGGUCAUUCGGCCGGAUUCUAUUGCCGGAAAGGACUGGGAGAGUCAGAUUCCGGCGGAAAUCUCAGAGGGAACGAAAGAGAGGGGCUAUAUUGUGGGUUGGGCACCUCAAGAAGAGGUGUUGGCACACCCAUCUGUUGGUGGGUUCUUGACACACAGUGGGUGGAACUCGACAUUGGAGAGCAUAGCUGCCGGAGUUCCGAUGAUAUGUUGGCCGUACUUUGCUGACCAACAGAUGAACAGUAGGUUUGUGGGUGAGGCGUGGAAGCUUGGGUUGGACAUGAAAGAUACUUGUGAUAGAGUGAUUGUUGAGAAGAUGGUGAAGGAACUGAUGGAAGUGAGGAAGGAGGAGUUUCAGAGAUCUGCUGAUCAGAUGGCUAAAUUAGCAAGACAAAGCUUGAGUGAGGGUGGACCAUCGUACUGCAAUUUGGACCGUCUGAUUAAGGACAUAGAAUUGAUGGGCGCUCGAGCUACUCAUGGCUAAUGGUUGUCUUGUCUUUUUACAUGGUUUAUGCUAAGAAAAUGAACACUUGUUUGUGGCGAUUGACUUUAUGUGACAAUUAAAAAUAAAAAAUUAUGAAAGCUUUUGUAUAACAUCAUCCAUCAUAAAAAAAAUAAAUAAAUAAGGAUUGAGGAUUUUAUAAUUUUUUUUUAUGGUGGAUGAUUUUUCCA